CAUAUCAUUUGUUUCUAGCCGGAUCCCAAAAGCAUCCGGUAUUUGGUGCUCCGUCAAAACAAGUCCUUCCUUCCUAUGCCCGUCCACGCUUUGAACAGCUGAUGGUGCUUCUCUCUCUCUCUCUGCCAGACAGCCGUGAAACGUUUUGUCCUCAUUUUCCCAGAAUAUAGCUCGCCAUGACUAAAGAGGAAGUCCAGGGGGCGACGGAGGAGGAGCAGCAGGCUCAGUCAAAGAAAGGCCUGAAGAAACAGCAGAAGGAAGCGGAGAAAGCAGCAAAGAAGGCUGAGAAACAGGCCAAGCUGGCAGCCGAACAGCAAAGCACAGAGGAAGAAGACUUUGCCAAAGACAGAUAUGGUGUGUCGGCCAUGGUCCAGUCCCAACAAAAACUGGACAGGGUGUUGGUUCGUGUCCAAGACCUUAUUCCUGAGAAAGCUGACCAGCUGAUCUGGCUGCGUGCCCGAGUCCACACCAGCAGAGCCAAAGGGAAGCAAUGCUUCUUGGUCCUGCGUCAACAGCAGUUUAACGUGCAGGCACUGGUCGCAGUGGGAGAUCGUGCCAGCAAGCAGAUGGUCAAGUUCGCCGCAAACAUCACUAAGGAAAGCAUUGUCGACGUGGAGGCGUUGGUGAGGAAAGUGGAGCAGAAGAUCGAGAGCUGUUCCCAGCAGGACGUGGAGCUGCACAUCGAGAGGAUUUUUGUCAUCAGCCAGGCAGAGCCUCGUCUCCCCCUGCAGUUGGAGGAUGCCGUCAGGCCUGACGGAGAGGGGGAAGAGGAAGGCAGAGCCACAGUCAACCAGGACACCAAGCUGGACAACAGGGUGAUUGAUCUCAGGACGACCACCAGCCAGGCCAUAUUUCGCCUGCAGUCCGGAGUGUGCCAGCUCUUCAGAGAAACCCUCACCAAAAAGGGCUUUGUGGAGAUCCAGACCCCUAAAAUCAUAUCAGCUGCCAGCGAAGGUGGAGCGAAUGUCUUCACUGUAUCUUACUUUAAAACCAGCGCCUACCUGGCCCAGUCUCCCCAGCUCUACAAGCAGAUGUGCAUCUGUGCUGACUUUGACAAGGUCUUCUGUGUGGGUCCGGUUUUCAGGGCGGAGGACUCCAACACCCACCGUCACUUGACCGAGUUUGUGGGACUGGAUAUUGAGAUGGCCUUCAGCUACCAUUACCACGAAGUGAUCGACUCCAUCACUGACACCAUGGUGCAGAUCUUCAAGGGCUUGAGAGACAACUUCCAGACAGAGAUCCAGACGGUGAACAAGCAGUACCCCAGUGAGCCUUUCAAAUUCCUGGAGCCCACUCUGAGGCUGGAGUACACCGAGGCCUUGGCCAUGCUGCGCGAGGCCGGGGUGGAGAUGGGUGACGAGGACGACCUCAGCACGCCCAAUGAAAAGCUGCUUGGACGUCUUGUCAAGGAAAAGUAUGACACUGACUUCUAUGUGCUGGAUAAGUACCCACUGGCUGUUAGACCCUUCUACACGAUGCCUGAUCCAAACAACCCUAAAUACUCCAACUCAUAUGACAUGUUCAUGAGGGGAGAGGAGAUCCUGUCUGGAGCUCAGAGAGUCCACGACGCUCAGAUGCUGACUGACAGGGCCAUCCAUCACCAGAUUGAUCUGGAGAAGAUCAAGGCAUACAUCGACUCCUUCCGGUAUGGAGCACCCCCACAUGGUGGUGGAGGCAUUGGCCUGGAGAGAGUCUGCAUGCUGUACCUGGGGCUCCACAACGUGCGUCAGACCUCCAUGUUCCCACGUGACCCGAAGCGCCUGACGCCUUGAACCUUCCCCCACGUAGACAAAGCAGACCCUGGUGAAACGAUACUAAUCCACAAUCCAGAACGGGGGAGAGUAUAGGAGCUAGUGCCACUCUAUGACUCUAACGUGCCACUAUGAUUAACCAUUAAGAUGACAGAAUGAAGCUUUUGUAACAGUAGGGUUUAUUUUAUUGAUUGGUGUAUAACAUACUUAACAGGGAAAAGGGAGUUGGCCAGGGAUACAAGGACAUCCCUGUAAAGCUGCACACACCUAAUCCAUCUUUUAAUCUUGUUAGUGUUCGUCUUAAGUUCUUUUCUAUGAAGAUGUUAAAAACAAACUAUCUUAAUAGAGACUCCUACUACCAGCACAGACUAAAGACUAUUGAUUGUCUCCAGCAGAAUGACUCUAACUAAAGGUCUUUGUAUAUCAUUAGAGGAUUAGAGAACAUAAACAAUAAUAAAAACUUCUGAAACAAUCAA